AUGACCCUGGACGCCGGCGAGCCCGGCUACGGCAGCAUGGCGGCGCGCACGGCGCUCUCCGGCAGCGUGGUGGACGCAGAGACGGCGCCCCUGCUGAUUCCGGAGGACCCGCAAGAGUACGACCAAUGGCAACCCAUGACCAAAGAGGAGCUGGAGGUAGCCGCCGGGAGCGCAGGGUGGAAAAAGCUACGCACCCGGUUGGUGGUGGUGUUCUGGCUGGCCUGGUUAGCCAUGCUCUGCACGUCCGUAGCGAUCAUCGUGAAAAGCCCUCGGCCAAUUGCCGCGCCGCUCCGGUGGUGGCAGAAGUCGUUGUUCUACCAACUCCAGCCGGUUCUGUUCGUGGACCCGCAGGCCGAGGAGCAAGGGGGCAUCAGCGGGGUCUGUGAUCACAUUUCCUACUUUAAGUCCCUUGGUGUAGGGGCCCUAAUCCUGGAGGGUCUUUUUCUUAAGGGGAUGUCUCCUUCAGACAUUAAAGUGAUCAAUGAAAGCAUUGGGACAGUGCCUCAAAUUCAGCACCUGCUUGCAGAGAGCAACAAAGCAGGCCUCAAAGUGGUGUUCGACUUCUGUGAGCUGGAUCUGUUUGCAACUCAGGAAUCACCAGGAAAUGACACUGAACCCUAUUCCAUAGUUCAGUAUGCACUCCGGUUCUGGCUGGAGCAAGGGGUAGCAGGGUUUGCUAUCUGUGACACUGAUGCAGCAUAUUCAGAAAAGACUCUACUGGAGUGGAGAGUAGUAAUCAAGGAAUUCAGCAGUCAGGGGGAGGAAAGGAUUGUAUUGGUGAAGCAGAUGGGCGAUUUCCUACCUAGUCUUGGCAACUCCAGCUCCAACGAUACACUGGUGGAAGUGGUCAUGAAGACAAUUCUGCCACCUACACAUCACCACCUGUCAGCACAGGAAGUGGCUCUUGCCAUAGAGACACGCCUGCAGAUGACUAAAGAUGAUUUAUGGCCCAGUUGGGCGGUUGGAGGUAAAGCAUCCUUUGGUUUGCAAAAUUUACUUAUGGUACUUAUGAUGACUCUGCCUGGAUCUCCUGCGGUCCAGUACGGUGAAGAAAUCAGCCAUGCACAGAACAAGUCUUUGAAUUCGGGCUGGUUGCAUGAAGGAGAGCAACUAGUUGAAAUGCAAAAGCCCCAUGUGGGCAAAAUGAAAUCAGAGCAUUCCCCUUUGGCGCUCUUCACUUCCCUCAGUAACUCUCGAGCCAGAGAGGAAGCCCUCCUCUAUGGAAGCUUCACUUUUCUCCCCUUCAACACCACUUCCCUCUCCUCAUCCAACUCCACUCUUUCCUCGCCUCCCCUUUUUCUGGCCUUCCUCCGCUCCUGGGGUUGUGUUCACUUCCUCGUCCUGCUCAACAUCGGGCCUGAGUCUCAUGCCCUGGACCCAGCCUGGGCCCACACUCUGCCAAAUGUUGGGGUAUUUGUGACCAGUACAAGACUGAACCGUGUGGGGUCCACCUCCCUGGACACAGUGAAACUACAGCCACGAGAGGCCAUAGUCAUCAAACUGUUUGAGGCGGGAAGCUACUCCUAGAUCAUGGCCUGGAAAAGCACCCAGCAGGGUGGAGAUGCAGGCGCUGACAUAUUAUGAGCAUUGACGGCUCUGUUCUCACAGAAUUGAACUUGAAACGACCAAAUAAAUGUAUU